AUGUUUGAAAAUGAGUGGAAGUCAGCCAUUCGAAAAUAUGUCCAAGAGACUUUUGCUAAUAAAAACAUUCCAGCCAUCAACAUUAUUAAUAGACUCUAUGGUGAUGGGCCUUUCUCAGAAAAUAAACAGCAAGCCAAAUUGCCUUUGGAACAACUGGAUCAGACCAAAGGGUUCACACUCCAGCCACUACCCCCACUACAGUGGAAAUCACAGCAACCCAUCUGGGUAGAAUAGUGGCCACUAAAACAAGAGAAGCUGCGCAUUUUAAAUCAAUUAGUUGAUGAGCAAUUAGAGAAAAACCAUACUGAAGAGUCUGUCAGUACUUGGAACUCCCUUGUUUUUGUUAUUAAGAAAUCAUCAGGACAAUGGUGACUGUUACAAGAUCUGAGAAAAAUCAACGAGGUAAUAGAACCUAUGGGCACAUUACAACCGGGGAUGCCCUCUCCUAAUAUGUUACCACAAAACUGGCCCCUUGCAGUCAUCGAUAUAAAAGAUUGUUUCUUUCAUAUUUGCCUAAAUCCUGUUGACUGUCCUAAAUUUGCCUUCUCCGUCCCUUCAAUUAACUUAGCAGAGCUGCUACGGAGAUUCCAAUGGCGAGUAUUGCCCCAAGGGAUGCGCAACUCCCCAACCUUGUGUCAGAAAUACGUUGCAGACAUUUUAUCUGCUGUCCGAGCUAAAUAUCCCAAUGCUAUUAUCCUAGAUUAUAUGGACGAUAUUUUAACCUGUCAAGAAGUAUUUUCUGUUGUCCAGGACGUGUUACAAGAAAUCAUCGAAAUCCUGAGAAUACAUGAUCUACAUAUCUUGAAAGACAAGAUCCAGUACCAGCCUCCUUGGAAAUACCUUGGGUUGAAGAUCACAGAAACAACUAUCACCCCACAGCAAGUAACCUUAAAUCACAACAUUACUACACUUAAUGACCUGCAGAAACUACUCGGGUCCAUUAAUUGGAUCCGACCAAUAUUGGGAAUAUCCACAGAUGAACUUAAGCUGCUUUUUUCACUCCUCAAAGGAAAUCCAGAUUUAGCUUCGCCCAGGUCACUAACUUUAGAAGCUAAACAAAUUUUAUUCUUUUGUGGAACAAAAGCUGAGUUCGAGACAAAGUCAUAG